AUGGCUUUCAAUUCCAAAAGGGCACCGAUCUCAAGUUCAAAAGCCAUAGCUGAUGCAGCCUCAUGGUGCUGUGCAUGUUUUCUUGUGUCCCUCUUAUUGCUAUGCAUAUUCAGAGACAUCUCUGCCCUUCAUGACGAUCAAGGGAACUUGAUGAUGAGAAGCAGCCAUGUCUUGUCCAAGCCAUCAUGUGAUGAAAUAUAUGUGGUUGGAGAAGGUGAGACACUUCAUACAAUCAGUGACAAGUGUGGUGAUCCCUUUAUUGUGGAAAAGAACCCUCAUAUCCAUGACCCUGAUGAUGUCUUCCCAGGACUUGUUCUCAAGAUUACACGCUCACAAACAACAUAG